AUGCAGCCCCAGCGACGUCCGCGUGAGUCCCUCACGCCCCAGCAGCUGCGUGAGUGGUACGCUAGUUGGGGUUGUAGGGGUGGCCGCGCUGCUACUGCUGCCACUACUGCUGCUGCUACUGCUGCUGCUGCUACUGGCGGUGGCCAGAUGCAGCUACACUGUCGUCCACGCGAGUCUCGCACGCCCCAGCAGCUUCGUGAGUGGUACGCUCAGAGUGGAGGGUCUCUCAUUUCUGUUCGCUGCUCUUACGUCAUUCGCACUGGUGCUCGGACUGGUCAGCCUUGCGGGACACCUAGUCACACGCAGUCCCGCUGCUUCGCCCGUCUGAGCGACGCCUGGCGUACCGAGUUUGGCGACGGGGCUGAGCUCCCCGACUGGGUGGAGCUACUUAGGCAGAGAGUAGAUAUAUUUGCUCUUGACUAUGAUGCUAUUCUCACUGCCAUGUAUGCAUUGCCUACUAGUGUUGACCGUGCCUGUUACCUGUGUGUGCCGCCUGACCCAGGUAUAGCGCCUGCUGCUCUAGGUACUGGUGAGGCUGCUGCUCUAGGUGCUACUGCGUCUCCUGCUCUCGGUGCUGGUGAGGCUGCUGCUCUCGGUGCUACUGCGUCUUCUGCUCUAGGUGCUGGUGAGGCUGCUGCUCCAGGUCCUGGUGAGUCUGCCCUCUCUGGUUCUUCGCCUGCUGCGACCCUGCACACCUUCACCCUUGACUCAGGAGCUUCCCGCUCCUUCUUUCGCGACUGCACCACACUUACGCCGCUUAGUCGGCCGGUUGCAGUCUCCCUGGCAGACCCCUCUAGGGGUCCAGUCCUUGCCCACUACUCCACGGUUCUGCCGUGUCUGGCCGCCCCGUCUAGCUUGCUGUCAGGUCUCUACCUCCCCUCGUUCUCUACGAACCUGGUGAGUGGAGCUGACCUCCAGGAUGGGGGGGUUGACCAGUUCACUCCUGCGCGUCAGCGGGUGACUCACUGUACGUGUGCUCGGACGGGCCGACACCUGGCCACUUUCACCCGUGAGCCUGGCUCGAGCCUGUACACCCUGACCACUGAGUCCCCUCAGGUAGCUGCGUCUGCGUCUGCGUCAGGUCAGCUGUCGGCCCCCUGCUUGUGUCGCGCCUUGUCGCACGAGACCCUCCUUUGGCACCACCGCCUUGGUCACCCUUCGGUGCAGCGCCUUCGCAGCAUGCACCGUCGUGUCCUUGUCUCUGGUCUUCCCAGGGUUCUCCCUCCCCUCCCACCCUCGCCUGCUCCUCCCUGUCUUCCCUGUGUCGAGGGGCGGCAGCGCGCCGCUCCUCACUCCUCGUUCCCUCCCACAGAGGCUCCCUUGCAGACUCUCCACUUGGACGUGUGGGGCCCAGCCCGCGUCCGUGGACAGGACCACGAGCGGUACUUCCUGCUGGUUGUCGACGACUACACGCGUUACACCACGGUCUUCCCCUUGCGCACCAAGGGUGAGGUCCCUGCUGUUUUGAUCCCCUGGAUCCGCGCUGCUCGUCUCCAGCUCCGCCGGCGGUUCGGGACAGAGUUUCCCGUCCUGCGUCUGCACUCUAACAGAGGUGGUGAGUUUUCCUCCGACCUCUUGGCGGCCUACUGUGCGGAGCACGGCAUCACCCAGUCGUUCACGCUUCCGGCCUCUCCGCAGCAGAAUGGGGUUGCUGAGCGCCGCAUUGGCUUGGUCAUGGAGGUCGCUCGUACCUCCAUGGUCCAUGCGGCUGCCCCCCAUUUUCUGUGGCCGUUUGCGGUCCGGUACGCCGCGCAUCAGCUCAACCUCUGGCCCCGUGUCUCCUUGCCGGAGACCUCGCCCACACUGCUGUGGACGGGGGAGGUUGGCGAUGCGUCGCGUUUCCGGGUCUGGGGUUCUCGUGCCUUUGUCCGCGAUACCACCGCGGACAAGCUCUCCGCCCGCGCUGUCCCCUGUGUCUUCCUUGGCUUUGUCCCUGACGCGCCUGGUUGGCAGUUUUACCACCCCACCUCGCGCCGUGUCUUUGCGUCUCAGGACGUCACGUUCGACGAGUCGGUUCCCUUUUACCGUCUCUUCCCCUACCGCACUGCCCCGCUCCCCCCCCCGCCGCUCUUCCUCGCUCCAGGUGCUAUCCAGGUAGACCCCCUCCCCGCUCCCGGUCCUGCUCCUUCAGGUGUGUCUCAGGUAGACCCUCCUCCUUUGCCUCCGCCGGUUGAGGUCACUGGUGACUCAGGUCCUGCUUGGGGUGCUGCUUCUGGGGGUGCUGAGCCUGGGGACGUUGAGCCUGGGGGUGCGGAGCCUGGGGGUGCGGAGCCUGGGGGUGCGGAGCCUGGGUGUGCAGAGUCUGGAGGUGCUGAGCCUGGAGGUUCUGAGUCUGGGAGAGCUGCGCCUGGGGGCACUGUGGGGUCUGGUGAGAGGUCCCCCUGGAGCGGCCGUCUCCGCAGUCGCUCCGCUGGUGCUUCGCCGCUGCACCCUAGUCGUCGACCCCCUCUCUCCCCACAGCAGCUGCGUGAGUGGUACGCUGCUCGUCAGGGUCGCGCUGCUAGAGCUAGGGGCCCUACUGCGGGAGGCGCUGGCGCUGGUGCCUCUACUACUGGAGUCGUUUCUACUGGAGGUUCUGGAGCUACUGAGGGUGCUGGCGCUGGAGGUUCUGGAGCUGGUGCUGGUGCUGGAGGUUCUGGAGCUGGUGCUGGUGCUGGAGCUGCUGCGGGUGCUGGCGCUGAGGGUUCUGAGUCUGCUGCUGUGCGGUCUCCGUGGAGUGGCCGCCUUCGUCCGCGUGUGCCUCUCACCUCACAGCAGCUGCACGACUGGUACGGUCGCCGUCAGGGUCGCGCUGCUGGAGCCCGGGGCUCUGCUGCUGGAGGUACUUCUGCUGACGUCCCUGGAGCUGGGCGUGGUGCUGGUCCUUUGUCUACUGGAGGUGCUGGAGUCGCUGGUCCCGGAGGUGCUCGUACUGGAGGUACUGGAGCUGCUGGGGCUGGAGGUGCUGGUUCUGGGGGUGCUGCUGCUGGAGACGUGGAGGCUGGAGACCCUGGGACUGGAGGUGCUGGUUCUGGGGGUGCUGCUGCUGGAGGCACUGGGGUUGGAGACCCUGGGCCUGGAGGUGUCGGUUCUGGGGCUGGAGCUUCUGGAGCUGCUGGAGGUGCUGGAGCUGCUGGAGCCUGGCUCACCACUGCCUGCUCCUUCUCCUUACACUGA